AUGAAUACUACAGUUAAUAGAACGUUGUCAAGCACUAAAAUAGAUCCAACUGAGUUCGAUGUAACAAUUAAUGCUAUACUGAUCGGUCUAGGAGCUGAAAAAUAUAUAGAUAUAUUCAAGAAGCGAAAUAUAGGUCAGAAAACUUUAGCUGAGUUAUGUGAUGAAGAUCUUGUUAAAUUGGGUAUUGAUGAUGCUGAAGUUAGACUGAAGAUCUUAAACGAAGUAAAAAAUUUGCCCAUUUAUGAGGAAUCUAAGCAAAUAUCUAAGUCGAAUGUGGGUCCAUUAGAAAUUAUGGACAUUCUCAAUGAUAGUUCAAACCAUCUGUAUAGAAUAUAUUUAAGCAUCAUUGCAAACACUCUAGCCCUAAAGAAAACAAAAAAAUUAACAGACUGUUUAUUGUAUAGAGACAAAUAUGCAUCUAAUAUAGCUUUGAGUACAUUAAAUGAAAUAACUAAUAUACUAAAUUCUAUGGACAUUGCAAUAAACACACAGUUGAAGGAACUCAAACAGGACUCUAGAAACACCAAGAAGAAGAAAAUAAUAGUAGGAACUGUUGGUAGUGCAGUCAUAGCCGUUUUAGCCGUGUUAUUUGUGCAUUCUUUGAAGCAAAUUAAAUAA